AUGAGUGGCUGUGCCCCGGCCGGCGGCGGGCGCUCCCCUCCCCGCACGGGCCCGCCGAGCUGUCCCUCAGCGCGGGCUGUGCAGGGGCCGCGCUUGCCGGGGAGCCCGGAGGCGGCGCUGACAGGACGGCGAGCGAAGGCACUGCGGGCCGCGACGGCCGCUCCCGACCUGCACCAGCCCGGCUGGGUUCGGCUGGGCUGGGCUGGGCUGGGCUGGGCUCGGCUCGGCUCGGCUCGGCUCAGGUCAGCUCAGCCCGGCCCGAGGUGCGGGAGCGGGGCCGCGGGUCUGACCGCGGGGCGCGGCGGCAGCGCUGCCCCCCGCCCUGGGGCGCCCUCUGACGGGCGGGGCAGGGUCCCCGAGACACCGGGACACCGGGACACGGACACCGGGACACGGGACACGGACACCGGGACAGCGACUCCGCUUCGGUCGCGGGAGCGGCGUUUGGAAGGAGAGGGAGAAGCAGAAGUUUUAACCAUCAUGCCGUGGCAUCUGACUUUUUUGAGGAAAGAGGUGCUGCAGUGUGGUGGGAGCUCCUGUAGCUGGAAUCUGGACUGCUGCGUGGGUGUUAGAGAAUGCACCCAAGAGCAGAAGCAGUGAGGUUCACAGUGAGGAAAAUGAACCCAGCAGUCCAUCCUAUCCCGUACCUUCCUGAGUACGGGAAGAGACCUCACACAAACCAGAAUGCAUCUGGGCUUGCAGCUCUUUUUAAUCAUAUUAAGUCCUAUUCAGAGUUAAUGGUGAGCUCAGUGAGAUGAGAUGGUUUCAGCAAUGCUGAAGAAGGGGUGAAGAGAACUGAAAGGCAUAGCUAUUUCAAAACAGAAUUCUUCUUCUUUCCUUAAUGCCCAAACAUGAAGGCUUUUAAACUUCAUUAGAUCCUGCCAUCAAUGACUGAGCCUCCCUGAAAUCUUAUCAGUUACUGCCAAGAUGAGAAGGAUAACAGGAAGGAGGAGUGCUUAAGUGGCUUUAAUGACAGUUAAUUUCAUCUAUUUAUCAAAUGACAGGUUGUUUUUUCCUCAAAACUCGAUUGUCAUGACAAGAUGCUUUUGGAAGUCAUCUCUGUAAAAUAAAACUGACAAUUUUUAGGCUACAAAGAGCUAUUGUAUCUUUCUAUACAAUGUUGUCAUUAUGGUAAACCUCUGGAAAGUCUUUAUUUUUGAAGUAAUUUAACUUGCAUACUUCAUUCAUUUAUUUGAAUGUCUGUUGAAUGCUAUGUGAAAAGUUUCUUGCCAGAGUUUUUAUUCAAUGGAAUAGUUAUUCUUACAAUGCUCAAUUUAUUAUUGUCUAAAUUACUGUUGCCUUAGCCUCCUGCAAAAAUGUUUCUUUUUGGUAAUUCUUAAACAAAUAAGGAAUGAAUGAGGUUUUGUCCCCUUCAUGUUUUGAUCAGCAUAUUUUACCUUUCAGUAAAAGCGUCUUUAACUUCCAAAAUGACACAAAGAAAGGUGCUUUCCUAUUCUCCCCCCCCAACAGAACACGUCUUUUGUGCAAUGAUUUUUUAAAUAUGUACACUGCCAAGAUGCAAUUACUGGGAGAAGAGAGAGAAGCUGCUGGGAAUGUCAUGUUAUGCCAAAUUAAGAAUUAUUAGCUCUUACUUUCUCUGCAGUCUCUUCGACUAGAACCCGACCUAUUGCGUCUGGCGUAUACUUUGACUCUAGUGGAACUAAUGUGUCCUUGGAGUAGCAUUUUAGAGUUACUUCAGAUUCAUGUUUUUUUCACAAGUGUGCUUUAAACUGCUGGGAUUAACUUCAGAGAAGGCAAGAGAUACAGCCUCCUUUGUUAGCAGCUGUGCUGGUUAAAGGAGGAGGCUUCUUGCACCCUUGCUUGCUCAGUCUCGCACGGAGGUUAUUGCCCCUGCUAGAGAAGAGCUGCUUCCCUGAGCACACCCAGACUUAUUUCAACCAAAGUUAAUUGUGUCAUCAAAUAUUAGUUAUCUAUCACCCUGGGUCACUUUGAUGAAAGGGCAGGGAAUACACAAACCAGCUGUGAGGACGGCAUGUCUGGGAAGGGUGGUGUGUUGACAAGACGGUUGUUGAGGACUGGUUCUGGUGUGGCCUUUUCAGCAGGUGCAAUUUGCAUCUCUCAGCUGUGGUAAAAACUGGACGUGUUACAAAGCUGUGCAGUUAUGUCAUGUAUAAUAUUCACAUUUUGUGGACAUCUUGGAUAAUACAAAAUAAACCUGUGCUCUUUGACUUAAUA